ACUGAUUCAAGGUUCACAAUGGCAAACCAAAAUUUUCGGAUAUGCACAAUGACAUGUCUUGAGGACAAACUGACAGAAGCGAGUGCGUCUACCGGUUACGUCGUGCUUAACUCUUGUUUGACGAGAGGAAGGUGAAAAAGGCAGAAAGUAGACGACACGGCAACCGAACUGUACAGCAAGACAGCAAACUGCACAAAGAUGAGAACUCGUUAUGCACUCUGUCACUUGUGGCCCUGGUGUAACGAUCGCCAUAACUGCUAGACUCGCAGAAAUGAGUUUUAGUUUACUCAUUAAGUUGUUGUGAGGGUCUGUUUGUGCGCGCAGAAUCCGGAUCUUCUCGUCUUCUUCGUGAGCACACAGGAGGGGAAAACACUGGGAGCCUGAAAGGUGAUGUGCAACACUGCACCAGUCGAGCUCUUGAAAGGGUGGAAGUUGAAUUGCGUACAGUGACCAGGCUCUGUGCUCGGACAAAUCAAUUGAGGAUGCGUCCCGUGGGAGAUGCUUCGAACCAGUUCACGCUGCAUAAGACGUAAUAUUUGUAUUUCGAUUUGCUUCCGAAGGAUGCUUUGUGGUAGAAUCUGAAGACGAGAACACAUGCGCCGAUCGAUUGACAAUGUGCCCGAGAAUUCGUAGACUUGAAACCUUAGAAUUCAAGGCCAUCACACCAGCCCCUUCGUGUGACCGAGGAGAUGCCUGUGUGCAACCAUUGCUCACAAAUCGUGAGCUGCAGGACUUGCAACGAGCAUCACCAACCUGUGUUUUCUAUCCCGAGGGAAAGAAUCCAGGAAAUAGACGCUUGCUCCGACUGCACGCAGGACAUGAAGCGCAGCCUUCAGGAGAGAACGAAGGAUGUGAGCAAUCUGAAGAAAACUGUCAUGUGCUUGAAGGAGCAGCUAAACUUCUUGCGGAAAUUGGACUCUAAACCCGGCAGUGAUCAGUUCAGAGGCGACGUCACAUUUGUGGUAGAGAGUGGGAGGCUCCAUGAGAUUGUCCAGGCUCAUCAAUUCAUCCUGGCCAGCAAGUCUCCCUUGUUUCGCAGCAUCUUUGAUCCUGGAAUGCACGAGAAGCUACCGGCAACAAUCCAUGUGUACGAUACUUCAGCCCCUGUGCUGCGGGCGAUGGUGAACUUCUGUUACACAGCCGAGAUUUCGUACAAUCACGAUGUUACACCCGAGAAAGUGUUGAGAAUCUCCCAUAAGUACGACAUUCCUGAAUUGAAGUGUAACGCCGAGACAGUUCUCGUUCAGGGCAUCAACCAGGAUAACCUUGUGCACACGAUUAGACUCGCUCACAAACAUGACUCGCCAGUUCUCAAAGAGGCCGCCAUAGCCUAUUUUGAAACUCACUUCGCAGAUGUCAAAAACUUCGUUAUUGAUUCUCUUGUAAAGUAAUUAGUAUUCAUAAAUUCAGUCUACUGCUUCGAAUCUGUCAUCUGAACAGAGAGGUCUGAUUUGCCUUGCCAUGUACGUACGAGUAAUGCCAACCGCAAGAGGGUACAUCGAUCGCAAAGCUAACUGACCGAGAAGCGUAGGCAGGGCAGAACAUGGCAGAGGGAGAGCAUUUAUCCUUCAUCAGGUCAGAGCCAGGAGCACUCCCCGUGUUACCACUCGCACGAAUCCUACAGAUGCCAUGGGAUGCAAGAUCGAGCCAAAACCCACAUUGUGACAGCGUCGACACUCGACGGCCCAUUCAGCCUCGUUCACUACCAAUUCUUGCAUUCCUUCCUCUGAGUUCAAAGUUAACAAUGCUCUUCCCGCAGCCCACCACAGGAAACAUCCUGUGGUGGGAAGAAACCUUCGAGUGCUCAGUGAAUUACCAUGUCUGCUGAGAAAACAACCACCGGGGCCGUCGUGUCAUGACGCAAGUACUGCGAAAGUGGAAGAAGAAAGGGAGCAGAGGACCGCUGGAAAACUGAAGGAGUUGCGAGCAGACCAGCUAUCAGAUUGACAGUGCUGGCAGAACUAUGCGAGCAGUAAUG